AUGGAGAAAUCGAAGCCUCAUCAACCCGGAUAUGUUCAGCUUAUUUUACUUACGCCGGAGAGAGCAAACCGACACCUUAGACAGUCAGCUUAUCCUAUGAAUGGAGCAAUAUACAUAUCAAGUGAUUCAUAUGUGAAAUUGCAUCUUAGAGAAAACGAAGAACAACAUGGACCUAGUGUAAAGAAAUUGUCGGAAAAUGGAACGGAAUUGGACGAAGUUUAUUGUCUUCAUUGUGUUCAUUGGCCAUCCGAUGCCGAGAAGUGGUAUUUCAGAAAAAGAUCACACGGUUGGCCAGACACAAAUUGUGUUAAGGCGAUAUAUGAUGAUGGAUGUCACGUAGUUCCUAUUGGCUCUAAAUCUAUUGAUAGAUAUGGUAACUGGUCGGCGGAUCCACUUAUUUGGCGACUGUCUUUUUCUGAGGCGGAAAAACGUUUAGUUCACACAAUGAACGAUACACAGUUUCUUGUUUAUGGAACAUUUAAACUUCUUUUAAAAGAAGCGUUUGAAAACAAUAACGACACUUUGUGUUCAUAUUUCAUGAAAACGCUUGUCUUCUGGAGCAUUGAAGAGUCAACUACAGCACUUUGGCAACCUCUUCGGCUAGUUUCCUGCAUUGAAGUUUGUUUGAAAAGGUUAAUAUCCUGGGUUUCAAACGGCUUUUGUCCGAACUAUUUUGUGAGAGAAAACAAUAUGUUUUAUGGACGUUUAGGUGAGAAUGAACAAUGUUUCCUUAUCAAUCACUUGUUGGAACUAUAUGCACAAGGCUGGAGAUGCUUAUUAAGGUGUCCAUCAAUGAAACCUUUUGAAGAUGCACUUCAAAAUACAAAUAUACAGAUUCCCAAGAUGUUAAAUGAUGAUCUAAACACAAGGGAAAUUCAUUUUAUCUCACCUGAAAUCAACGAAGAAUCCGGUGCUGAUCAUGAGGAGGAAGUCGACGUUGGUUUCUUUUCCGACUUAGAAAACGAUGUCAUUAAUUUUUCUGAUAUAACAGGUCUGAAAACUAUGUUUUCUAAGAAAAUAGUAAGCCUUAUCAAAGCCGAAAGAGAUCGUUCAGAUAUUGACAUUAUAACAUUGUCUCAACAAAAGCUUCUGCAACGCAUGGCACUUUUUCUCUUAGACGAAACUCUGCUGGAAUCUAGGUGUGCACGCUUCAAAUAUCGUCAAAUCCGACGAGCGCUUAGUCUGCUAAGCUACACGUGUCGCGCUGACAUCAGCAGAGGAAGACUGUCCUUAGCAACAGCUUAUUACUGCCUUGGAAACUAUUCAAAAGCUUUAAAGAUUAUAGAGCUGUAUGAAGACAUUCUUCACCACAGAUCUGGGGUGCUGUAUGUGAGUUCAAAAUAUCCAACAAAAGUAGACCCAGGUUACAAGAAAAAUUUCUGUACCCGAGCUUUAAAUAGACUAGAGAGGGCCUCUUUAGCGGUUUCGUAUGAUUUCCAUGUCUAUCAAAACAGGCCAAUCAUACCCAAGGAAAUUGCACUCGAAAUUUAA